GACGUAAAAAGUAGCUGCAGUUGCAAGACUUUUACUGUGAAGUGAUCGUGUAAAGUCGUGAUGCGACACAGGAACAUCCGCAUUCGUACUGCUAACAACUGCAGACAAGUGCUACGCUAAUGUUUGCUAACUAAUCCAGAUCGGUGGUGUUUUGGGAGCGUGAGUGUGUCUAUGUGUGUAUGUGUUGCGUGUGAACAAUGGAACAGUGCGGGUGCGUGGAGCGGGAGCUGGAGAAAGUGCUCCAUCGCUUCGUCAUGUACGGCCACCAGUCUGAGGAGAGGCUGGACGAGCUCCUGCGCAGCGUCUGCGAGAUACGAGGACAGCUGGUUGCAUUUGGGGUCCAAGACGGAGAUCUGUCAGUGCUGUCUCAGACUAUGGCUCAGUGCUGUAAGAAUAUCAAAGAGACUGUCCAGAUGCUAGCCUCUCGACAUAAGGACAUUCACGGCAGUGUAUCUAAAGUGGGCAAAGCCAUCGACAGGAAUUUUGAUGCAGAGAUCAGUGCUGUGGUCGCGGAGACUGUGUGGGACACUCCGGAGAGACAAAAACACCUGAGUGAAACCAUAGUGGAGCACUUAUACAGACAAGGCAUGCUCAGUGUAGCAGAAGAUCUUUGUCAGGAGUCGGGUGUAGUUAUAGAUAUGAGCAUGAAGCAGCCUUUCCUGGAGCUCAACAGGAUCCUUGAAGCGCUGAGGAUGCAGAACCUAAGGCCGGCGCUCGAGUGGGCAGUGACAAAUCGGCAACGUCUUCUGGACCUCAACAGCAGUUUAGAGUUUAAAUUGCACCGCUUGUAUUUCAUCAGCCUGCUCAACGGCGGUAUUAGCAACCAGAUGGAGGCGCUACAGUACGCUAGGCACUUCCAGCCCUUUGCCUCGCAGCACCAGAGAGAUAUUCAGAUCCUGAUGGGCAGCCUGGUGUACCUUCGUCACGGCAUUGAGAACUCUCCAUACCGUAGUUUGCUGGAAACCAAUCAGUGGGCGGAGAUUUGUAAUAUCUUUACCAGAGAUGCCUGUGCUUUACUGGGCCUCUCUGUUGAGUCUCCUCUUAGUGUUAGCUUCGCUUCAGGCUGCAUGGCUUUGCCUGUGCUGAUGAACAUCAAGCAAGUGAUUGAGCAGAGACAAUGCAGCGGUGUCUGGACGCACAAAGACGAGCUGCCUAUUGAAAUUGACCUCGGCAAGAAGUGCUGGUACCACUCGGUGUUUGCCUGCCCCAUCCUCAGACAGCAAACUUCAGAAAGCAACCCGCCAAUGAAGCUCAUCUGUGGUCACGUCAUCUCCAGAGACGCUCUCAACAAACUGACCAACGCUGGGAAGUUGAAAUGCCCGUACUGCCCCAUGGAGCAGAAUCCCUCACAUGCCAAGCAGAUCUACUUUUGAUAGCGUACACUCCUGGGUGGGCGAGAGGAUGAAGUUCCUUGGAGCGGCUUGCAUUUCCAGGAGCAUUUGACGGAGCCUGCCUCCUCUGUCUCUGGCCCAUGACCCGUUGUCGGCAUUAAGGUUCGAUCCCGGUCCUCAUGGGACACCUUCGGCCACCCAGUAGAAUGCAGCGUCCCACUGCGACCUGCGGUGGAACGAUGAGUCAUGAGAAUGUCCUCGCAAAGCAGCGCCACUGACUGAGAAUCAUUCAAUCAAACUUGAUUGCAACUGAAUUAUUCUUAUUAUUAUUAUUUAUAGUGUUUGUUCUUUGGGCUUUUUUGAGUUGGCUUCUGAGAAAAAAAGACUCUUUCUGUUGUUGUUUUGCCCCUUUUUUAUGGCAAAGCAUCUGAUCUUUUAGAGCAAAUGUGGAGUACAACUCAAGUGAGACUUGCCUCAAGCACUACUUUGAUCAGAUCCACUUAUCGGUGAUGGAACAACACCGACCAGCCCAUCUCCCUCCGUCACAAACUGCACCAGCAACCCCCCUGUAGAAACCAUUUGUUAUGUUCCAUGUCUGUAUUCAACAAACACAACACCAAGGAAAUAUGCGCUACUGUGAAAAUGUGCUCUCUUUCUCCAUCGCAGCACCCCAAUGUCAAGUAAAUAGCCAAGCGAACAUGCCUAAUAGACACUAGUGCAGCACGACUAACAGCUCGCCAAUGCGCCGCGUAGCUGAAUGCUGGCACGCCAUGGGACUUGGAGAUGUGAACUGGUGCGACGGUUGCCGUGCGGUCUGCCCGGAGGCUCGAGAUUCAGCUUUACUCAUCAUGGAUGAGAAUGUCUGCUGGAUUGUCGUGACCGCUGUUAAAUAUAUUCCCGAUAUAUAUACAUCUGCUGUAUAGGUUUGGUUUUCUUUUAAGGAGUCACAAUAGAUGGAUCAUUAAAAAAAAUCCUCAGGGCUCAUCAUACUCACAGCACACAGCGAGUGUUAAAGAAAUGAACAGAAGUAAAUAUAAAGAUCUUUAGGGCAGUCCUGCAGUGCUCCGUGGCAUCUUGAUGCAUGUUCCCAGUGUCCUAGAAGUAGUGAUGUCACCUCACAUCAGUGAGGCUCAUUAGCUCUGCAAGAACUGCACCAGCAUAACUCACAAACAAAAAAAUAUAUAGUUUAAUGGGUCAUUUUUUUCAGUGUUGCAUACACUGAUUUUAUUUAAAAUGGAGCAAAGCAAGAUUUUUUGGUGUGUGUGUGUGUGUGUUUUUUGAGAUUUCUUUUGUUUGCGAUUCAUUCAUCGCUUCUAGAGUCCAGGCAGGCUUUCUCACGUCUGUCUGCGUUUCCUGCUUUUCUGUACGUGAUGUGAGUUUAUUGUAAAUAUUUAACCUGACAUGUUUCAUUUACUGGCAUCAGAAAUAAAACUUUAUAUUCCAGGCAA